GUCAAUAUAAUUGAUCAUCGAAGAGGAACAACAGGGGCAAGGGGGGGGGGUUGUGGGGCAAAUGAGCACAGCACAGGCUGCCUGAGAAGUAAGCUGGUAGGAUUCAACAUGGCAUCAGGCGAUACGCUUUAUAUUGAGGCGGACGGCUCGGAGAUGCCGGCCGAACUAGUGGAGUUACACGAGAUAGAGGUGGAAACGAUACCGGUAGAGACUACUGUGGUCGGGGGAGACGACGACCAGCCGAUGAUAGCACUCCAGCCGCUGGUAUCAGACGACCCGAAUUCGAUCCACCACCACCAUCAAGAAGUGAUCCUAGUGCAGACAAGAGAGGAAGUUGUUGGCGGGGAUGAUUCGGAUAUGCUUGCGGACGGGGGUUACGAGGAUCAAAUCCUCAUCCCCGUCCCAGCACCCGGGGUGGAAGACGAGUACAUCGAACAGACUCUGGUGACUGUAGCCGGGAAAAACUCUGUUGGUCGGAUGAAGAGAGGGGUAGGCGGCAGUGGCAAAAAAGCUGGCCAAAAGAGUUAUUUGGGUGCUGUAGAACCAAGCAGUAGAAAAUGGGAACAGAAGCAGGUACAAAUAAAGACUAUGGAGGGGGAAUUCUCUGUUACAAUGUGGGCUUCGGAUGACAAAAAAGACAUUGACCAUGAGUCAGUUGUUGAAGAACAGAUCAUUGGGGAGGAUUCCCCUCCGGACUACUCUGAAUACAUGACGGGGAAGAAGCUGCCCCCUGGAGGGAUACCUGGCAUCGACCUGUCAGACCCCAAACAGUUGGCAGAGUUUGCCAGGUCAGUGUCUAUCUGCCUGAACUCACCUGUCCAAGGGAUGAAGCCGCGGAAGGUAAAAGAAGACGACGCGCCCAGGACGAUAGCCUGCCCUCACAAAGGCUGCACAAAGAUGUUCAGGGACAAUUCAGCGAUGAGGAAGCAUCUCCACACCCACGGGCCUCGUGUGCACGUCUGUGCCGAGUGUGGCAAGGCCUUCGUAGAGAGUUCCAAACUCAAACGUCACCAACUCGUUCACACAGGGGAGAAACCCUUCCAAUGUACCUUUGAGGGCUGUGGGAAGAGGUUUUCGCUGGACUUUAACUUGCGCACACACGUUCGUAUCCACACCGGUGACCGGCCCUACGUAUGCCCCUUUGACGGCUGCAAUAAGAAGUUUGCCCAGUCAACCAACCUCAAGUCUCACAUCCUCACACACGCCAAAGCCAAAAACAACCAAUGAGAGCCCUCUGACCUGCCCCAGGUCCCACCCCCACGGCAGCAUCUUAAUGACACCACACGUCAAACCUCCUUUGAUGAAAGAAGGAAAUGAUUGCGAAAUACUUUUUGAUAAAUACGGAGAUUAAAUUCUCCCUUCUCCUAUUGGUUGACUGAAGAACACAGUGGCACUCUUCAAAAAGAUGAAACCCCUCUCCCAACCUUCCACCCCCCUCUCUCCUCACUUCAUAGCGGCUUCAUUUUUAUUGCCAUAAAUAUGGAACUCAUGGACUAACAGACUAUUCUUUCUGCCAUGGAGCUGCAUGAGAGCGAGCAAUCAGGCUAUUCUUUCUGCCAUGGAGCUGCAUGAGUGAGGGAGCAAUCAGGCUAUUCUUUCUGCCAUGGAGCUACAUGAGAGAGAGCAAUCAGGCUAUUCUUUCUGCCUUGGAGCCACAUGCGAGAGCAAUCAGGCUAUUUAUCCACUUUCAGCAUAGACUUUAAUUUUCUAUUUCUACAAGUGUGCAUAUUGUACACUUUAUUUUGGGAUAUGUUCAGUAAGACAAUUGGAUUUCUUUUCUUUUUCGCCUGAGUAUUUAGAUCCACUUACCAUAUGAUAGUCCUGGCAAGACGUGCGUUACUGUACCGUCACAUUGCUUCAAAGUAUUUUCUUAAACGUUUUGGUUUGCAUCUUAAUCUUUACUUUUGGUUAUAUUACUUCUAACCAUUAAAUCAUCUUAUAUACUUGUAUUGUAUGGCUGUUGACAUGAUUUAGACUGUGAUAGAGGUGUGAUUUUUAAAUUGUUAACCAAUUUAACUUUUAGUCGAGUUGAUUUAUCUUUUUUCAUGAAUUGUCAACUUUGCUGAGAAACAUGUCCCUACCGUUGAUUCACUGCGAGCCUGUCUAUUCGAAUACUAAAAUUCAUUAAAUGAAAUCGCCAGAGUGACCAUCUGUUUCUUUGUUAGAAUGUAAUGUACAGGCGUCAUCAACCAUGAACUUUCUUUGUUGAUAUUUGCACCCAUGCAUUUCAACGGCCCACAAUAAAAAGGUCAUCCCAAA